AUGUCUUUAGAAGAAAUGAAAGAUCUCCACCUGGAGGAAAACUUUCUGCAACCAGAAACCAAAGAAAUUAAUGGAAUCCUUAUGACCAAGAUCAUAAGUGAUAACUGGAACAAAAUAUGGAACUUCCAAGCAAAACCUGAUGAUCUCCUCAUUUCAACGUAUGCAAAGGCAGGAACAACCUGGACACAAGAGAUUGUAGACAUGAUCCAAAAUGAUGGAGAUGUGGAGAAGUGUCAAAGAGCAAACACAUUUGAUCGGCAUCCUUUCAUUGAGUGGACUCUACCCCCACCCCUAAACUCAGGUCUGGAUCUGGCUAACAAAAUGCCUUCUCCUAGAACUCUAAAGACUCAUUUACCUGUUCAGAUGCUACCACCUUCCUUCUGGAAAGAAAACUCAAAGAUUAUUUAUGUGGCUAGAAAUGCCAAGGACUGUCUGGUGUCCUACUAUCAUUUCUCAAGAAUGAAUAAAAUGGUGCCUGACCCUGGUACCUGGGAGGAAUAUAUUGAGACAUUCAAAGCUGGAAAAGUGCUAUGGGGCUCCUGGUACGACCAUGUGAAGGGAUGGUGGGAUGCAAAAGACAAGUACCGCAUUCUCUACCUGUUCUAUGAAGACAUGAAGGAGGACCCAAAGAGGGAAAUUCUGAAAAUAUUGAAGUUCCUGGAAAAAGAAGUAUCAGAAGAAAUUCUGAAUAAAAUUAUCUAUCACACUUCCUUUGAUAUAAUGAAGCAAAACCCAAUGGCCAACUAUACUACUUUGCCUACCAGCAUCAUGGACCACUCCAUAUCCCCUUUUAUGAGAAAAGGGAUGCCUGGAGACUGGAAGAACCAUUUCACUGUUGCCCAGAAUGAAGAGUUUGACAAGGACUACCAAAAGAAGAUGUCAGGAAGCACCUUGACUUUCCGCACAGAGAUCUAA